AGGACGCGUGCUACGUCGCCGUCAUCCCGGGCAGCCUCUCUGCAGAGUGGAGGAAGAGGAGUGCUUGCUUUCCUUGCCCGUGUAUGCUGGGACCUCGCCUCGCAUGCUGCAGCCUGAUGGGCGCUCCACACCCGGGGCCGGGCGCACGCUGACCUGGGAGUCCGUCCAGUCCAGUGACGCAGUGAGCCGGUAUCUACGAUCUGCUCAGACCUUUGAAUGAAGCUUAAAGGAGCCGCAGCUCAUAGGUGAAGAGCUCUCGGGAUGGCUGUCACACAGUUCCGCCUCUUUAAGAUUUGCACUUGCCUUGCUUCCCUUCUCACCUUCUUCAAGAGAUUAAUAUGCAGAUCCGGACGUGGUAGAAAGUUAAGCGGUGACCAGAUCACUUUACCAACAACUGUAGAUUAUUCCUCUGUUCCUAAGCAGGUGGAGGAGUGGAGUUCUUGGGAUGAUGAGGUCCCCACGAGUGUGAAGGUUGAAGGUGGAAAUGGGAAUUCUGUGGAGCAAGAUGAACUCGACUUCUUUAAAGACAUGACGCCGACCAUUAGGAAGACACAGAAGAUCAUUGUUAAGAAGAGAGAGCCAAUCAAUUAUACAGUCCCAGAUGGGAGCCUAGGAUUUUCCAGCAGACUGGCAGCUACACAGGAUAUUUCUUUUGUUCAGUCUGCAGAAUUGGGCGAUUUAGAAACCUGGCAAGAAAACUCAAAUGCAUGGGAGGAGGAAGAAGAUGCUUCCUGGCAGGCGGAAGAAGUUCUAAGGCAGCAGAAAAUGGCUGAACGGGAGAAACGAACCGCGGAGCAACAAAGAAAGAAGUUGGAGAAGGAGGUUCAGCGGCAGCUGAAGAAGGAACCGAGCAAAAUGGGAGUAAAAUUAUCCUAACAGCCGGCCCCUGAUCUGUGGACGCCGCUGAUCACACAAACAGUUUUCUGUUUUUUACGAUCCUUUCAUUGGGAUAAUGACAUCAGUCACUGGGAUCUAUGGGAAAUCUGAACCCUAUUCUUACCUUUUUAAGACUAUAUGGAUUACAAUGCCAGAUGAUUUAUCACUUCCUCAGACUAGCGCAUGGAACUCGUACAAUUAUUAAAAAGAGGGGAAAAAAAGGUGCAAAUAAUUAUUGAGGGAAAUCGACCGCUCCAUUAUACUGCGUGACAAGUGUAAUUAUUAAUAAAAAAAGGAUUUUAAAGAAA